CCCACUCUCUUAGUUUAACACUCUCCGGACUUCCCAAAGCUAGAGCCAAACAACAUUUCAAAACGCAAUAUUAAACCUGAAUUCUUUUUCUCCUCACUUUCAGCUUUGUUUAAAGCCUUCAUUUUCUGGCUACUCUCUUUGCUUCUCGUUCUUAUUCUCUCCUCGCUGUUCGCGUAUUCCACCGAGCUCCGAUCCCGAUGGCUGCUGUUUCCGGAUCCAAUGUUGUUUCUCUGAAAUCCGCCUCGAGGUUUGCUGAUUCCAGUGACCGUAAGUUUGUUCAGGUUAGGCAAUGGUCUCCGAUUUCUGGUGGCUUCGGAUCGGUUCAGACUCGACCGAGCAUCGGACUCCAAUGCAAAUCGAGACGGUCGUUUGCUUCAUCCGGUGUAAAAGCUCAGGUUGCCACUUUUGAACAAGCUAGCUCUGAAGCGGCUCAAAAAGUGGAAGCUCCCGUAGCCAUAGUUCCUGAAGCUUCUAGAGGCAUCGAUAAAGCAGUUGCAUUGACUCUAGGUAAAGCAGGUUGCAAGGUCCUAGUGAAUUAUGCCAGAUCAUCGAAGGAGGCUGAGGAAGUUUUGAAAGAGAUCGAGUCAUAUGGUGGUCAGGCUGUUACUUUUGGUGGAGAUGAGAGGCGUUGUUCAACAAGUUUCAUGAUGGAAGGUCUUACAGGGAUUCUCUGACUGGUGCUAGAAGUU